UUUGGUAUUGUUCCUCUGAGAUGCAAACAAAUGACACAUAAAAGUCAGUCACGCCUUACAUAAAAAUUUGCAGUUCUUAUGAAAAAAUUUAGUGUGACAUGUGAUCAUAUUGAAAUCCCUUCCUGCAGGAGCCCCGGGAAAAAAUGUGGAAGCAGGCUUUAAGCGUUGUCUUGGGGGGCAUCUUAUGCGGCAGCCUUUUAGCCUUCGACUAUCUUUUGGGCAAUGGCUUCACGGACAUGAUGCAGACGAUGUUUUGUAAAUGUUUCUGUUUUGUGAAGAAAACUUUAAGAGAUCAACUGAUAUCAUCGGAGGCGGAAGAAUCGAGCAAUUUCAGUGCCACCAUGUUCUUGGUGGAAAUUUUUGCUUUAUUCUGUACCAUGCUGUUACUGAACAGAUACAAGAAAUACGGCAUUGAACGGUCAGUCAACAAAAAGCCGAAUGAGUUGGCCGGAACGAAGAAACAUAGAUUGGUGAGUCGGUCGCCUCAUUACGGUCCUCGAGAGAUAAACAACCCACAACUGAUCAAGCCUUUAAACCUGGAGAUACCUGUGAUGCAAAUGGCAAUUAUAGAUACCAUCGGAACCACCCGUAGUCAGCCUGAGCGGGGAGAUGCCGGCGACAUUUACAACAUCACCGACUCUGCUAUUCUGUCUGUCACCUCUUUGCUGGAUACGGAUUUCAAGUUGCAAGAAUCAUUGUGUGAAGAUAACAUGGUUUUGGGAGAUGGUAACACAGUUCAAUUUAACAACAAUAGAUACCUCUGGGAAGUCACAGAGGAAGAAUAGUUACUGUUUUUUGUCCAAUACGCUAUGGGUAAGUAAGUAAAACUA